UUCUGCAAUGAUGCACUUUGCAAAAAAGGUAUCAUUUGCAAGUGUUUCUUUAAGUUACAUCCGCAGCGAAAGUUGCUAAUCUGAUUUAUUAACCUUUCAGUACUUUGUUAUUGUCAGUUAGCUCACUAGCAUAGCAAGGAAAUAAGACGAAUAAUACCAGAGUUAUGAUUUGUAAAGGAGAUAUCCAUAUAUAUAUAUAUAUAUAAAAUAUGGUUAUAUAUAGAUAUGACCCAAUAUUAUUAGCUUGGCCGCUAACAAAAGACGCGUUAUGGAUGCUAAAAGUCACGGCUUGUUGUUAGCAGGCUCGAGCUAGCUAGGUAACGUUAUCCCAGCUGGCAGUGAGGCGCGUGCGUGUUUUCUGUCAAAAAGGAGUGUCAAAACUUUCAGUCUUACGUUUUUACUUUUUAUACUAUAGCAGCCUUUUACAUCUAGCUAUAGGAUAGAUAUCUGCCAGGAGCCUGGCGUUAAAGAGGAGCUCAUAGGAUUGUGGGCAAACGUGUACAUGUCCGUUUGUUUACAUUAGGGGUGCCAGAACUUUUGCCUGCAUCACUAACAUACACUUAUUAAGCAUUACAUUAUGCCUGCCUAAUAUUGUGUUGGUCUCCCCUUUUGCUGCCCUGACCCGUCCUGCACUGUGUAUUCUGACACCUUUCUAUCAGAACCAGCAUUAACUUCUUCAGCAAUUUGAGCAACAGUAGCUCAUCUGUUGGAUCAGAUCACACGGGUCAGCCUUCACUCCCCACGUGCAUCAAUGAGCCUCGACUGCCCGCGACCUUGGCACUGGUUGACCACUGUUCCUUCCAUGGACCACUUUUGAUAGAUACUGACCACUGCAGACCGGGAACACCCCACAAGAGCUGCAGUUUUGGAAAUGCUCUGAUCCAGUGGUCUAGCCAUCACAAUUUGGCCCUUUUGGUCAAACUGAAAGCUCAAAUCCUUACGCUUGUCCAUUUUUCCUGCUUCUAACAUCAACUUUGAGGACAAAAUGUUGACUUGCUGCCUAAUAUAUCCCACCCACUAACAGGGGCCAUGAUGAGGAGUCUUAUUCACGUCACCUCUCAGUGGCCAUAAUGUUAUCCCUGAUCAGUGUAUAUAAAACCUCCUAUGAAGGCGUUUCACAGACAGCAAGAGUUGAUGAGAGGAUGCCUGUUACAGCCCAAGAGUUCUCUCUUCAUGGGAGCUGUAUCUCAGAUGACGACCCGUCAGCGCCGGUGGAGAUUGAACUCGAAUUAACGAGCAGUAUGAUGGAUAAACCGCUGGCCGGUUCACAGGGAUGUGGAAAAGAUCCGAGGUCGUCUGCUUUCGAUGAUGACGGAUACAGCAGCUUAUCUGAGAGCAGUUACGCGAUCUUGAGCAAGGAGGUUUUGGUACUUCUGAUGUACCGCUGUUUGGAGUGCUCCAGCGAGUGCCGCAUUCGAGGAAUAGGCAAAGGAGGGAGUCUGUCUCUCGGACAAGAGUGUCUGUCCUGCUCUAACUACAGACUGUGGACCUCGAGACAAGCUGAGAAACCAAAAGAGAAGGUGGCUGAUACACCUUUAAUCACGUCGUAUGAAGAAGUUCCCACUCAGGAGUCUGACAGCUCUUUAGUGUCUGCGACUCUGCAUGUAGGACAUGGUACAGUCGAGUGUAGAAACGUCGCUGCACAAGACGAGACAGACGGCGAGGCCAUUUCAAGCAUUAUAGUGAAGGAGGAACCGGAAGACUGUGAUGAGGUGAUGAAGGAGGAGCAGCCGAACCUCAUGGAGAUGCAUGUGGAUUACGCUUCCACAGCUACAGGAGAGGCUGGAGUCGGGAAUUGUGCUAAUGUCGUGACUGUUAAAAAUGAGACAGAUGAGCUGACUCACCUCAAAGCUUUUGGUUUGCAGACAGAUCAGGAAACACUGCUGAUCGACGAGACUGGCCGAGUGAGGCGUGCCGAGCUACCGAGAGAAGACGACGAGGACGACGACGAGGAAGAGGAUUUGGAAGAGAAUUCCGAAGCUGAUGAGGAUUCAAGCUCGUUUGAUCAGUCUGAGGAUUUGGAAGAAUCUUCUGACAUGGAUAACACACGAAAGCUCCUUGUGCUGAAACCAUUUCAGAACACCAUUAAACCGAUUAUUUGGUGUACAGACUGCACAGACGUAGCCAAGAUGAUUUGUACGAUUCGGAGACACAAAAGGAUCUACGGCUGCCCAGAGUGUGGGGUCGGGGACGUAAACAGCACUUUUAAAGACUUCUCUAUUCAUUUUAGUGACAUAACAAGUUUUCAUAAACAUGCCAUGAAGGAGCACGGUGCAAAAGAAAUCCCUCCCGAAAACCGAGUGUGUGAGGAUUGCCACAAAACCAUCAGAAUGCCGACGAACCCGAACAAAAAGCCGCGAGAGCACGUGUGCGAAUACAAGAUCAAGCCGUUCGCGUGUCACUUGUGUCGCAAGCGCUUUUUUACAGAAACUGGACAAAAAGUACACUACAGGCGACUUCACGGAGACUACACGCAUUUUUGUAAGUACUGCAUGACGCCGUUCGACACUAAAGAGUCCAAACUGAAGCACGAGACGACUCACAGCGAAGAGUCGCUGCCUUACAUCUGCCCCGACUGCCCGGAGAAGUUCCAGGACUUUGUGGCACGCAAUCAACACCUACGGAGCCACCGAGGCGAAAAGAAACACAUCUGUGACACGUGCAACCGGAGAUUUGGCGAUCUUGCCAGUUACGACAGACACGUCCGGAUACACUCUGGAGAAAAGCCGUACACGUGCAACGUCUGUGAGCGUUCCUUCACGCAAGCCGGACACCUCAAAUCGCACAUGCGCCUGCACACGGGCGAGAGGCCCUUCAUGUGCGAACAGUGCGGGAAAUGUUUCAAUCACAACGUCAGCCUCAAGAACCACCUUCAGAAGCAUCACUGCGGUGACGGGACGCCGGCGGAAGAUGACCAGCACGCGGCCGACCACCCGGGAACGGCGAAGCGAGCGAGAAAGCGGGCGAGGAAAAGCUCCACUUCACACACCGAGGAAACGAAGGAGGACCGAGGGUUCGAGAGCGAGACGUCCAUUUCCGACGAAGAGUGGUCGAAACGAGGGAGGAAGAAGACAGUUAGGAGGAAAAGAGAGGGAAAAAGCGCAGAUGAUGACGAGCGUAGCGAAUGAGCGCCACAGACUACAGUAUUUAUUCCUUUUACACCAAGUUCAUUCAGUUCUUGGCAAUAAAGCUGCUAUCCAUGAUGCUGUGAAGGCUACAGCGGCGGUCCCACUAGAUGCUUUUAUUCAGGAUUCUUGGAAAGUGUUCACACCAUUUUCAUAUCCACCUCCUGUAAUUUGUUUUGUUCCAAAAUUAUGCUCAAGUGUUAAUUCACUGAAAUUCGGGCCACUAGGAAAUAAGCAAGGGGGUGGAGUCUUAACACUUGGUGUAUUAUUUAUGAUAAAACCAAACAUUUUCACUUUCUCAGUCAACGUCUGUUCACUGAAACACUACAUUUACUUUAGAAAAAUACACCAGAACAAAACCCACAGCAACACAAUUUUCACUCCGCCAUGUUGAAGAAGAACCAUGUGACCGCUGCUUCGCACAUGCUUCCUCUGUCCACACAUCAAACCAUGGAGCCACUCUGGGCCUCUCGGGAACUUCACAUCACUUCCUGUCAGGUUAUUUUACAAACGACUCAGUACUGAAGGUGACGCUUCUCUGCAGUGAAGACCUGGAUGAGUUGCGUUGUACAGUUGUACAGUUGCACAAUAAAACCCUUGUAUAUAAAAA